AUGUUAGAUGAAAUUUCUAGAGAUCAGAUACAGAUGCUUCCAGUGUGGAAGGACGUACCUGAGGAGACAAACACUGAAGCGACAUCUGCUGUACGAGUGCGGCAAGGACCCAAAGUUCAAAUGUCAGUUCUGUCAAAGAGACUUCAAGAGAAAAGAUGCGCUACAUUCACAUAUUCUGAGUACGCAGUCCGCUGCCCAAACUGUGGCCACGGUUACAAACACCGAAGUUCCUUAUCUAAACAUAUCAAAUGGGAAUGUGGUAACGUAGGACAGUUCAAAUGCCAGAUUUGUAGCUACACAGCCAAACAAAAGGUCAACUUGAUCAGGCAUCUGAAAAGGGUGCACGAAGUUUCUAUGGAGGAAUGUACGGGACUGUAUCCGUGAAUUUGAUAGUGACUUGAAAUUUUCAUACUAAAUUAUUGUUUAUAAAUAAUACAUGAAUAAGAUUUACCCAAAGGAACAUUGAUUACUUUUUCCACAUAUCUUGCUUUCCAUGCAUAGGCAAAGGCAAAAUUGUUUGCAAAUAUUUUUUUACUUGAAAUUAUUCUUUGGAACGAUCUGUGACUUCUAUAUCACAAACAUAUCCAGGCCACUAGUUUCUGUGUGUUUCUCUCUGUUGGUUUGUCCAUAGCUUUUGCUGUCAACCGAGUAAUCUUGAGUGAACAUUUGCUAAAUGCUAGGAAUGCAGUUGAACCGUAUUAAGUAUUUUGGGCAUAGUAAAAAGAUCUUGGAGGCGCCAAGUUUUCUAAAAAAAACUUUAUUUUUGUAUGAAUCUCCAUGUCUCACUGAGCAUCAAAUAAAACCACAGAUGUAGAUUUGAAUUUCACUAACGUUUCGUGACAAUGACAGUAUCUUUUAUUUAACUCAUAUUUUAUUUUUUUAUUGUCAUUUUCUGGUUUAUACUUUGAAAAAAGCCACCAAACUGAGUAGUAGUAAAUCCUCAGCUCUAUAGCUGUGGUUUUUUUGACGGCUAUUACAAUUUGGAGAUUCAUGAGCUAAAUAACCACAGGAUAAGUUCCAAAUGUUACAUUUCAUUUUUGUAUGCUUCUUAAAUUUAUAAUCAUACUGGAAUGUAAUCAUCAAUUCUUGGGUUCUACAAUUUUACAAAAAGCCGUUUAUGUUUCUAAUCAAUUUUUAGUUAAACAUUUUUAUUCAGGACUAGAGCUGUUGAAUUGGGAAGAUUAUGUUUGAAUGUUCUUUUUCAUAGUAGAUCUCCUCGUAUCUUCUUCGUUAUGUGUAUAUAGGAGUUUAAUAAAGUACAUGGCUAAACAAGGGAUGUUUUAAAGAAUCGUUUUUUGGAAGGAAGUUCAAAUAAAC